AUGCUGCCCUGUCCUUCUGUGCUGACCCCUUACUGUUGCACCGGCCUACCCACGGCCUACCCCGGCCCCCCACGCCCUGCAGAGGAAUUCACCAGUAGUUUGAAGACCGCCAUCAUUGCCAGCCAACCAGAGGAACCCCCCAGCCCGUCACCGCCCUCCCCCCCCUUCCUCCCAGCUCACCCAAUCUUUGCAAGCCUGGCGUGUGGUCGUGGCAUCUUAGGAUUGGCCAGCAUGAGUGGAUGGGACCAGCAGGAGGCAGCGGCGACGGAUGGCGUGACGCGGCGGUGCGAGGAGAACCACCUGGAGGCUGGGAGUUCUAUGCACGAGGCAGAUGGAAAGUAUGAAUGCCCACAAUGUACUAAGACCUUCAAAUCUAACUGCAAGCUCAAGCGACAUGCUCUAACACACACUGCCCCAAGAAAUUAUGAGUGUCAGCAGUGUGGGAAGAGAUUUACUGACAAGUUCAGCCUGACACGACACACUCUGACACACAGCGGGGUCAAGAAUUACGAGUGUCAGCAAUGUGGCAAGAAAUUCACUCAAAAACCACAUCUUUUAAAACAUCGACUCACACACUCUGGGGGUGGAAAUUUCGAGUGUCAGCAGUGUGGCAAGCGAUUCACCGACAAGUACACACUUAAGCGACACUUCCUGACACACAGCGGAGUCCGUAACCACGAAUGCGAGGAAUGUGGCAAACGUUUUACCCAAAAGUCCCACUUAACCAAACACAUUUUGACACACAUUGGGGUCAAAAAUUACGUUUGCCAGCAGUGUGGAAAGGAUAGCGCCCCGUCCCUUGGCCCCGGAGACGCCCCGCAUGCCCCACACACGCCCCACUGACACACAAAGGUCCUAGAGGCACUGGCAGGGGAGGGAAGGGAGGGGGAGACCGCGGCAGAAGGGACCCCUGUAGAAUUAGCAGAGGAAGCGGAUCCUCUCCCUGUCUUAGAUUCUAUUUAUGCCUCUCUAGACACGCUCGGUUGAAAAUUUUACUCUAGGGUCGGUCAGGCGGAUGGGAGACACGUUUGGAUUGCGUUUGGAUCAGUCGGUGUUUGGAUGUUGGUGUUUUUUUGGUGGUUUUUUGUAUUUUUUUGGUGUUUUGGGGGAUUUCUCUCUCUAUCUCUCUCUCUCUCUCUUUUUUUUUGAGAGAGAGAGAGAGAGAGAGAUGACCAGAUAAAUGAAAAACAAAACGCAGAAUGCAACUAAACAAACGAAUGAUCCAAACGCACUCCAAACGUGACAGAGAGAGAGAGAGAGUGUGAGUAAGCAAUGGCAAUGACCCGUACAUAGAACACCCCCCUCCCCCCAUUGUCUACUUAGAGGUGUGUGAGUGCGUGUGUGUGUCCUGGUGGUGGUGGUGGUGGUGGUGGUGGUGGUGAGUGAGAAAGUGAGAGAGAGAGAGAGAGAGAGUUUAAAA